CGUCAAUUCGGAAUGAAUCCCCAGACUCCACCUGCGUCAUUGGGUGCCGCCGAACCGAGCAGAGUCGAGUCCAGUUCCAGUCGAGCGGAGACUACCACGCCGUGCCGUCGUCUCCUUUCCCCCUCCAGAUCCAGCAGGCCUCCUUUCAUUCCACCGCCUCCUCUCCUCCUCCUGCUGGACUGGUACCCGUAGACUGGAGAUCCGUCCCAAUUCCCCUCCACCUUUCGAUUGAGGAAAACCUGCACGUUGGAAAGCUUGAGGAGAAUUGGCCCUUGGCAGUCCCGUGUGGCUCGGGUGACAUCACGCUGAUGGAGUGCCACAGGAAUUUAUAUGACCUGAAUGAAUUUUGGUGAACUAUCGAGGAAGAUAAAAUUUGGCCCAACCCAAAGUAGCAGUGCAGUGACAAAGUGCGGGAGGCACCAUGCUGGAGGAUUUCUUUACUCUUACUGAGAUGAAGGAUGGUAUUUCAACUGUUGCAAGGAUUGGAGAACUGAUAUCUGAGAUCCAGAAGCUGAAAAAUGCUGCUGAGCUUAACACAGCUGACUUGAUAAGGCAGUGUUCAACGGCUGCAAACACACUAGCAUCCACAAACAACGAAGAGUGUCUUCAGCAUUUCGUUCUGUUAAAUGGUGUUGGUUUUCUCAACCAUUGGCUUCAGGAUGCUCAAAAUUGUGGCAAAGAUCUCAGCAAUUCAGCAGAAGACCUAAUGGUUGCAAUAUUAACUGCAUUGGAGUGUCUUUCAAUUGAUAAUGAGCAGUUAACUUCUUGUGGAGUUAUGUCUACUGUUCAUCACCUACUUGCUCACGGAAAUGCCAAGAUCAAUCAAAAGGCGAGAGUGCUCUGUCAGAAAUGGAGUAGCGUACCAAAAUAUGGUACAGAUGGCCAACAUGUUGAUACGAAAGAGGCUUGUCAGACUGAUGAACUUAAGCUUCCAGAGGCUAGCCAGGAGGCAGAAAAUGAUAAACAGGGUGGAGCAAAUGAAUUUGGAAAUUCUGUUGAAUCAAAGCCUGAGGUGAUGACUUGCUCGAAUGUUCCUUUGCCUGAUACUUCCCUGAUCAAUGAUAAUACAAAUGCAACAAAGCAACCAUCGGUACUAACAUCCCCAAAUUCCUCAAAUGGAAAUGCCACUUUAGGAGAUGUGAACUCCGUGGGAUCGUUUCCUGCAUCUCCUGUGGGUUUAGAAAAUGUGUCUGUCACUGAGGAGACUUCUGCUUCCAACGAUGUAGGCUUGGACACUGAUGGCAAACUCCGAUCAAACUCUAUCAGUGUAAAGAGUGUUAUCGGGCAAGAUGCACCAGCAGAUAUGACUGCAGUGGCCGUGUCUGUAGAGCCUAAGAAACCUGACAAUCUGUUUGUUAGUAGCAAAGUGAAUUCAGAGGACUAUAUUGUUUCAACUAGCUCGGGCAUCAUGGAAGUUGAACCAUUUGCAGCUGAUAGAUUACAUUUGGGGGAUGAUAAAGCUGAAACUUUGAGCCAUCUUGCAAUUGUAAGCCGUGAUUUGCAAGAUUUGUCCGAGGAAAGUACGGGCAAAGAAGAGGGACCUACAUCUUCAUCUAGUACAGACGGUACCGGCAUAGGCAAUGGAUUUAUGUUUAAGAGAUGUAUGAAGAGCUUUGGGGAUUCCUCAAAGGCAACAGAGACAAAAUCAACUACACUGAAAGGGGAGAAAUCAACACCACUAACAGAUUACGAUGAUACUGACGCACUAGAAGUAGCUCGUCUGGUUGCUAUCGAGGUGGAGCGGGAAGUCAUUGACUACAGAGGAACAUUUUGUGGUUCUCCUGAUAUUAAUUCCAGGAAUGCUGAUAGUCCUGACUUGGAAGCACGGCGGCAGCCUGAACCCACUGUCAAUGAAUCGAAUGACAAUAAAUCCUCCAGUACAGGCGUUGAUUCAGGAAGUUCCUCAUCUCUUAAGGAGGAUGGAUCGGGCAUUACAGAUGGUAGUGGUCCCUUCAGUAGAAAAUAUACACGGACUUUGGAACUGGGGGGCUUAGAUCUUAACAAAAACCAGUGCGCUGAAGAAACUGAUUGUAAUCCAAAGUCCAUUCUUAGUAAUUCUGUCAAUUUAUCAACGCCUAUAGCUGUGGCUGCUUCAAGAGGCUCAUCUGUGUUUCCAUCUCGGCUCCACUUUGAAGGUGAACUUGGAUGGAAAGGCUCUGCUGCAACCAGUGCAUUUCGACCAGCUUCUCCUCGGCGGACUCCUGAUGAAGAGAAGUCAUUGUCAGCUUCUUCACAUAAAACAAGCAACAUGUUGUUUGACUUAAAUGUAGUAGACAGUGAUAGUGCUACUUCUGACGAGCCGCUUUCAACAGCGAUCCUGCCAGCUUCUUCUGACCUAGCUUCCAAAGAUACCUCUGCAGCAUUUGGUGUGAGUAGGGAACUCACACUUGACCUUAACUGCUCAUGUGGCGAUGAGGAAGGUGCUAUCGCUGCAAGCAACGUACCGCCAUUGUGGAACCGGCAACAAUUUAAUGGCAGUUGGAGUCAACCUUCUUCCUCCUCAUCUUCAAGGCUACCUGCAGUCAGAAACUUCGACUUGAAUGACAACUUGUCAAUGACUGAUGGUUCUACACGACGAAUAGAUGGGUCUUUUGCCAAGACUUCUGUCAGGGAUGUGUCAGACCCUUCUGCAGUCACAAUUAUGGGUAAGAGGAUAGUUCUCGGGCAGAGAGAACAUGGCCACCAACAGCAGCAUAAUUUUCUGGGACCAAGUGCGGAAUCUAGAGUUCCUGCAAGAUCUAUACAGUCUUACGCACAUACUCCUGAUUAUGGCGUUGUCAACUAUCCACCUCAAUCUGCUGUGUCUUUCCCCCCAGCUUUCUAUGCACCAGGGGCUGUUCCAUACAUGUUUGAUGCAAAGGGUGCACCAGUCAUACCACCGUUGUCAGGCUUAGGCCUUGGCAUUUCUCAUCCAUCUUUCAGCACCAGAGCAAUCCCACCCUCAGCUACUGAAUUGAGUUAUUUUCAUCCUAGCAUGGAUUUCAAUCACGCACCCUCAUCUGAAGGUGCACAUAGGGAAGCAGGAAAUUACUGGCCUGUGUCCUUCCAAGGUCAGAACAUCUUUGUUGAUGAACGCACUAGGAACAUGUCGCAGGGUGGCAGUUCUGCUAUGGUACUUAAGCGGAAAGAACCGGAGUCAGGCUGGGAUUUGUUCCCACGUCGCUGAGCAUGAGGUUUGUUGCAGCUGUAAUCGAUUUUGUUUCAUUUUUUAUUUGGUCUGUUCAAUGCCCCGUUUAUCGCGGCGCCUUGGACAUUCUAGGGUAUUUUUGGGCACCUGAAAAUGGGUCCAGUUUUAUUAGGUUGGAAGACAUGCACGGAGAGCUGAAUAAGGUGAACUACAGGUAGGUUUCAGAGAUGUUGACGUGGCAUGGAUAUUGUUGGCUGCUGGAAGUCCUGUGUAGAUUUGUUCUUUGUGAGCUUACUAGCUUCUUUUAGUUGACAGAAUAUAGCCAAUUGCUCUCCAUGGAAAGCUGAAAUUAUGUAUAUCAUCUCGUAUAUCCUACAGAUGAAAUGCUUUCUUUCUUAUCCAUUCCUUGAUGAGCCUACUCAAGUUCUGUAGUCAAUUGUACAUAUGAUUCUUAAGAGAGAUUUAGGUUUUGUAUCAUGCCGUAACUUGCUCUUUAAGGAGCUCAACGUCGAUAUCGAUCUGGUUCUCUGCAAGAUGGAACCAGUUUCUUC